UUUAAAACUUUUCAAACACACUUUAUUAAUCUCAAUAAUAUUUUUCAUAACAUAUACAGUACGGAGUAUUUAACAAUAUUGCGGAAGCGAAUUUAAUAUUGACAUAUCAUAAAUCAUUUCAAAACUUGUCACAUCCAUCCCGACAAUCUCGCCCCAUCUGCCGCCAGGAUCACAUUAAUCUUUCUGUUUACCUGCGUGUAGCAAAUAAAACACACUACACGCUCAGCGGUGAAGCUGAGCCUGCCGAGACCAAUGAGUCUCCUAAGUUGGAACUGUCGUGGGUUGGGCAACCGCCAGACAGUGCAAGAACUGGUAUGUUUGGUAACUACCAAAAGGCCCCACUUGGUCUUUCUCAUGGAGACUAAGUGUGCUAGGAAGAAAUUAGAGGAUGUUAAAACUAAGUUGGGGUUUGACUCUUUGUUUGCAAUUGAUAGCUCUGGAAGAAGUGGCGGACUAGCUCUUUUCUGGAAUAGAGAGAGCAAAGUGAGCUUGAUAUCUUACUCAAGGAAUCAUGUUGAUGUCAAUGUGGAUAACGAAGGAAAUGGGCCAUGGAGAUUUACAGGCUUUUACGGUCAUCCCAGAUGGAGCCAACGGUUAGAUUCUUGGAACCUACUUAAGAGUCUGAAAAGAGGGUCCACUCUCCCCUGGAUGGUCAUGGGUGAUUUUAAUGACAUAUGUGUUGCGAGGGAAAAGAAGGGAGGUAAUCCCAGACCUCCUUGCUUUAUUGACGAUUUUAACGAAGCCUUAUCUUUUUGUGAGUUGAUGGACCUUGGUAUGUGCUAUCCCUUUACUUGGGAAUGGAGGAAAAAUACCCCGGAUUGGGUGGAGGAACGUCUUGAUAGAGCCGUGGCAACAGAUGGGUGGAGAUCACUUUUUCCCAGCUUCUCGUUGUAUAAUGUUAUGACUACCUGGUCGGAUCAUUCAGCUCUUCUCCUUUCGUUCAACGGAGUCGUUGAGAAGGGUAGGGCUAGAAGCUUCAGAUUUGAGAACUGCUGGCUCAAAGAUGAAGGUUUCAAAAAAGCUUUUGAGGAUGCCUGGAGCAGAUGGGAAAGGUCACCUUUUCUUGAUCGGCUCAAUCAUUGCGGACAGGAGCUGAAACGAUGGGGUGGUGAUAGAUUCAACAAUUUUGGUAAGAAGAUUGAUUCUUUUAAGAGGAAACUUGAGGCUAUGCGCGGCUGUAGAGAUUCGGUUUCAAUUGCUGUAAGAAAGCAAGUUGAAAAAACCUUGAGGGAGACGUUGGAACGGGAGGAUUGCUAUUGGAGACAACGGGCCAAACAAUUUUGGGUCUCCUGUGGUGAUCGGAAUAGAAAUUUUUUUCACAAUUAUGCUUCACAUCGGAAGAGAAAGAACCGCAUAUUACGACUUCGCGAUGGUAUGGGAGGUUGGUGUGAAGGGAGAAGGCUGAUGCCCUUUGUUUAUAAUUAUUUUGUAGUUUUUUUCAAAGAUAAUAAUAGGAGGGGACGGCAGAACGCUAUGGACAUGUGGUGUACAGAGGUGGAUCAUGCACGUUUUCAGGAGGAUCAAAAUGCUGAGCUCCACCGCCCAUUUAAUCGGCAGGAGAUUGAGGAUGCACUCUUUUCCAUGCAUCCCGACAAAUCCCCAGAACCGAUGGGCUCAACCCAGCUUUCUUCCAAAACUGUUGGAAGGAGCCCGUCUAUUUCUACUCCCCGACUAGAUUUUUGCCCCGAUUUUCCAGUCUCGUUCCUCAUUGAUCACUCCGCUAACACUUGGAAAUUGGAUAUGUUGCAGCACUGGUUUUCUGAAGAUGAUAGAGCUCGGAUUCUUCAGGUCCUGAUAUCCUCAGCGCUUACGGACCAAUGGUUAUGGAAGCUGAAUGUGGCUCCUAAAGUUAAAGUUUGUUUUUGGAGGGCCCUGCAGGAUAUUUUGCCGGUUGCAUGUUUGUUGGUGAGUAAAGGAAUACAGGUAGAUACUUUAUGCCGUAGUUGUGGUUCUGCUGAGGAGAGUGUUACUCAUGUUUUCGUGGCAUGCCCGGUUGCGCAGAGAUUGUGGCGGGUGCUGGGAGUCAGGGUUGUCAAUAACCAUGGCCUUUGUUUUGAUUCGCUAUUGCACUGGGCAGAUUUCAACUUUUGCAAUAGGGUCAGAAGGGAAAUGGACUGCGUGGCGGCGGGGAUCUGGGCAGUGUGGAAGGCGAGGAACAUGGCCAAUUGGGAGAGUAAGCUGCCGAUAGUGGGUAUCAUCGAGGCUUGGACCAGGGAGGCUUUGGCCUCAACGCCAUCAAACUGUUCGGGGUCGAAGACACCUGUGACGGAGUCUAGAAUCAGCGGCAUUACGUGCUCGGUGGAUGCAGUUGUGUUCGAGAAUGUUCGGCGGGUGGGAGUCGGUGCAAUCCUUAGAGGUGAAGAUAACUCUUUUAUUGGAGCUUUCAACUCUUGCAUUAACUGUCCUUUAGAGCCACGAAUUGCGGAAACUUUGGCGAUUAAAGAGGCUUUGUCUUGGAUGAAAGACCAUGGCUUCUCGGAGAAGAAGAAUGGAGAAGAGGCCAAUGGUUCCUGCGUCACUUCUCUGUUUGAGCGGCUAGUGGACCGGACGGUGAUUUCUUCUGAUUUCAAACGCAAGACAGCGAAUCUAACUGUUCAAGAGUCUCAAUACGUCAUAUCGUCAGCAGACUAUAGUAUUAGCGAGUACGUUCUCGUCUGCAGUUUUAGAGACUAUAUAUAUCACGAUUAUGGAAAGAGAAUCUCACAUUCUCACAUUAUGGAAGGAACUUCUCGAACACUUCCUUACACCAUAAGGUUCGUUGGUCUACUUGGUAGUCAUUCUCUUGGUAUAAAUCCAAAGUUUAUGGCUACUGCGGUAGCUUUAGGAAGGGAAUUGUUAAGACGAAAAAUUAAACUUGCCUAUGGAGGAGGUAGUGUUAGCCUUCAAGGAGCUGUUGCUUCAACAGUCUUUACCAAUGGUGGUCUCGUUAGAGGUUUCAUUCCUGGGUACAUAGCAACACGACGGGUCUAUGGACCUGCGUACGGUGUAGAGCACACAGUUUCCAGUAAUUACUACAAAUAUUUUGAGAUGAAUCAUGCCGUGGAAGCUUUCAUUGUUCUUCCCGGAGGAGUUGACACCAUGGAAGACGAUGCGGUGAGGCAGAACUUCAUGGCUUCCAGUCAGAGGAAACUUUUUAUUUCUUCUUUCUCUGUUGACGAGCUUUUAGACAAACUAGAGUUUGCUAAAGCUUUCCAGGGACCUGGGGUUAGUUAUGAUGAGUUUGUGAAUCCUGGAGAUUAGACUUAGAAUUGCAUUUGUAACAUUCCUCAUAUGAUCCAAGUUGUAUGUUGAAAUGAUAUUUUCCAUAAAUAUUAUUCUAGGCU